CACUGGAACAAAUUGUUAGUGGCUGAUUUACAACAAGAGCUUCAAGCUAGACACGUAGACAUAACGUCAAUGAAAAAACCAGACAUGCAAGCUAAACUGGCAUGCAAGCUAAACUGGUAAAUUUGCUUAAGGGUGCACAAAGGGUACCAUCUUUACUAGUCCUUAACCCAAAGCAAUCACUACAAGAGCUGAACCUACAACAAUACGAAGUACUGGAUUGUGAGCCUCUCCAUGACCUCAAAGGUCAUGGGCAAAACCUUCUAAAUGAACUACCACACAUACUACCAACUCACUCAAUCAACAUUGAAAGACGGAUCAAGUGGAGUGCGUAUGCGUGUAGCACUCAUCAAAGUUUACUUGAAGUUGGUGAAACUUCUUGAUGUGUCGGAAAAAAUCAAGCAGCUGCUCUGUACAAUUGUAAAAAUAUCACAGAUUCUGUACUUAACAGACUCUUUACGAACACCUAAGACAGUUCUACAACUGUAUAACACAAGCUGGCUACACCAUGAGCUUUGUCGUGAGUUGAUACCAAAGCCUAAAGACAGACUAUAUGGAGCAUACUUCCAUGAUCUAGUUGUUCAUGCUCCGCCACAAUAUCAGAUAGUGUGCUUACGUUCAACGAACGCUGAGAGCACGGAGCGGGAAUUCAGCCAACGUUCUAGCCACUGUAUUGCUUAGAAAUAGCACCAUCACAAGCCUUAAGAAGCAAACCACUAUGGUUACUGAGGUAGCUAACAAGGUGCCCGCAUACAAUGGAACAACCAUCUCAGAAGCGUUCCUUAAAGGUCGUGUGCAGGCACACUUGCAACGAAUAUGCCCCUACUGGCUACAUGGGAUAUUGAAGACCUGCUGCACAUUGAACAUUGAUAGCAUUGACAGUGAAACAGACUACGACAGUGAUCCUGAUGAGGACGUUUUCACCAAUGAGAAGGCUCAGGAGUGCUUCGACGACUUCAUGGUUGCCCUUUCGUUCAAUACUAGACAGAUGCUGGCUAUUGCGUUAAUGGAAAACUAUAAAAAAAGACAAGGGAUGAAUGUCAAGGAGGCAGCUCAAGAAGCUGCCUCUUUUGUUGGAUUUCACCAGACGACAAUCCAAAAGUACAGGAAUGAUUUUUUCCAGAACAAGGGGACAUUUAAGGAGCGAAAGCAGGGCAAGUACGAAAGAGCUACGGUGUAUCACGAUGAAAACAUCAACAGUCAAGCAAGGAAGUGGGUGAGGGAGAAUGCUUUCAACAAAGGAAAGCCCAACAUGACUGCUCAGAGUUUCUGUACAUACGUUAAUGACUUUCUCCUGCCAUUUAGUUUUCUUCCUCCCAAAUUCCCCCGACAAAUCUCACUCAGAACAGCUAUACGUUGGUUACACUACCUUGGAUUCAAGCCACGCAACCAUAAGAAAGGCGUAUAUAUAGAUGGCCAUGAGAGGAAAGAUGUUGUGGACCAUCGUGAAAAGUACUUGAAGCAAAUGGAAGAUCUCCGCAAGACUCACAAGCCCCCACCACUGUGUCUUGGCGAACCACCAAGAAUUCGUGUCGAACAAGACGAUGACAAGAAGCGACUCGUUUUGUUGUACCACGACGAGUCCAUAUACAACUGCAAUGAAGGUCAAACUUGGAUGUGAGGGGAAGAAGAUAAGCCAGCAAUAUUGCCUAAAACAAAGGGCAGUGGAGUUAUGAUAGCCGACUUCAUUGACGAAUACGACGGUUACUUGCAUCUCUCAGACGAGGCGUACAAAAAGGUCGAUCCAAGUAUUGCAAAGAACGCUCGUGUUUUUCUGGAGUAUGGAGCACAACGUGAGAUGGGUAUUUUACUGGCGACAGGUUUCUUGAGGAGAUGAAGAAUGCAUGUGACAUUGCUGAAGUGAAAUAUCCACCCUCAACGCAUACAGUUGUCUUCAUUCUCGACCAAAGCAGCUGUCACAAGAAGUUUGCGGAGCAUGCACUGAUCGCAAAAAAUAUUCUCGUCAAAGAUGGAGGUCCCAGGAGAGUGAGAGAUACCACGUGGGCUAGAGCUCCCCAGCUCAGCUCAUGGUUAAUCCUGAUGGAACAGCAAAGGGUUUAAAGACCAUCCUCACAGAAAGAGGAAUCAAUCCAACGACACUAAAGGCCGACGAUAUGCGAAUAAUUUUGUCCUUUCACGACGAUUUUCGAUUGGAAAAAACUCAGGUUGAACAUUAUGUAGAAGAAAGGAGUUUCAAUUGUCUCUUUCUCCCCAAGUUACACUGUGAGCUAAACCCCAUUGAGAGGGUGUGGGGCCAAUCAAAGGUGUACUGUAGAGCCUACACUAACUUCACGCUUCAAAGACUGAAAGAGAUUAUCCCUCCUGCCUUAGAAUCGGUGCCCGUCGAUUUGAUGCGGAAAUUCUUUCGAAAAGUGAGGGAAUAUGAACAAGGUUAUCUGGAAGGUUUUCAGCCUGGCAAAGAAAUGGAUAAUGCACUCAAGAAAUACAAAUCUCAUAGAAGAGUGUUUGAGAAUAUCGACUAAAAUACCCUCUAAAACAAUAUUUUUGUGUACCUAUACUUUUAGUUUUUAUGGCUGUUCUUUCUGUACAUUUUAAACAGUAGACUUUUCUGUCUAUGAUCAUGUAUUUUGUUUUGAUGUUCUCUAAAGUGUACCUGUAAAAACUUCCACUGAAAUCUGGUAGUGCAUAAUCACAUUGUACCGUGGGAAAAUUAGUAGGAAAUAGA